CGGGCGGCUGCAGGCUGGCGGCUGCUGCGGCGGCGCGGGGACUGCGGGGACUGUGAGGCGGCCGCGCGGACAGCGACUCCCGGGGAAGCCCGCGCCCCGGGAGCGGGAGCAGGAGCAGGAGCAGCGCCGUCCCAGGCCAGAGGCGAGCGCCGGGCACCGGGAGAGCGGAGAGCCUGGGCAGCUGCCGGAGCGCGGGGGCGCGGCCCGAGGAAGCGACAGAGCGAGCACAGGCCUGGGGAGGGCGUCGGGCGCGAGCCUCCUGCGCGGAACAUCCGAGGCUGCUUCGCGGGAGACAAAGCCGCGCGUAGAGACGCGAUGCCCGCAGAUCGCGAGCCCGGCCGGCGAGGGCGCGGGGGCUGCGGCGUCUGAGCGCGCCAAGCCGUGCGCCCGGGGGGACCCCGAGCCCCGGGGCCGGUGCGGGCGGCGGCGGGCGGGGCUCAGGUGCGCCCGGCCACGUCGGGCCCGUGACUCCUCGGGGGGCGGCGCCCUCCCGCCGCAGCCGCAGUGGCCGGCGCCGCAGCCAGGAGCCAUGGGCAACAUCUCCUCCAACAUCUCGGCCUUCCAGUCCCUGCAUAUCGUCAUGUUGGGCUUGGACUCGGCCGGCAAGACCACGGUGCUCUACCGGCUCAAGUUCAACGAGUUCGUGAACACGGUGCCCACCAUCGGCUUCAACACCGAGAAGAUCAAGCUGAGCAACGGCACGGCCAAGGGCAUCAGCUGCCACUUCUGGGACGUGGGCGGCCAGGAGAAGCUGCGGCCGCUGUGGAAGUCCUACAGCCGCUGCACGGACGGCAUCAUCUACGUGGUGGACUCGGUGGACGUGGACCGGCUGGAGGAGGCAAAGACGGAGCUGCACAAGGUGACCAAGUUCGCCGAGAACCAGGGCACGCCGCUGCUGGUCAUCGCCAACAAGCAGGACCUGCCCAAGUCGCUGCCGGUGGCCGAGAUCGAGAAGCAGCUGGCGCUGCACGAGCUUAUCCCGGCCACCACCUAUCACGUCCAGCCGGCGUGCGCCAUCAUCGGCGAGGGCCUCACCGAGGGCAUGGACAAGCUCUAUGAGAUGAUCCUGAAACGCAGGAAGUCCCUCAAGCAGAAGAAGAAGCGGUAAUGCGCCCAGAGCGACCGGGGAGCGAGCGAGUGCGUCAAGAAAGAAUGAAUGGAUGGAUGGAUGGAUGGAUGGAUGAGCGAGAACCCGCGCCCGCGAACAAAGACAGCGAACCAAAGCGAUGCUUCGAAUAUUUAAAACGGAAUCUCUGCACCCAAAUGCAGGACUGGUGACUUAAGGAGCUGCGAAGGCUGAUUUACCGGCCUGCUCUCGACCUGCCCCCCACCCCCAGCUCAGGGGACCUUUUGUCUGAACGCCAGAGCUACUGACCAGGUCGGGGGGCCGCGGUGGGGAGUGGAAGAGCUGGUCCUGCUGUCCGCCCUCCCAGCCCCAGGUGGAAGGCUCAGUUGUCGGAAAGACAAAAGCGAUUUCUUCCUACUCCUGCAGGGCCAGAAGUUCAGGCUGCCCCGCCCCCACUGGGGGAUCGCACCUGUGAAUUACCUGAGAGGAAGCACAGAUCAAAUCACCUUGGAGUGGUCACCAGGGGGACAGGGAGCCCCCCACCAAUGUAUCAAUGGGUGAUUUAUGAUGCCUUCUGCCCUUUGGUGAGUGAAUGGGUUUCCCAUAGGGGAAGUUGGCCUCCCUCCGUGAGCUUUGGAAAUGUUUUCUAAUAGACACAGGGAGGCCAGUUUUGUUUCAGAGCAAUUAUCUUCCCAAAUUCUCUGUUCUAGUGUUGGGACUGUGUACCCUGGUUUCUGUUUUCCUUUCUACUGCUGUAAUUCUCUGUCUCAUCCUCCUCCUCUUUUGUUUCCAUAGCCUUUUAUAAUGCAUAUAUGAUGCUGUGAACAGAAAUAAAUUAUUUAUACAAUCAAA